UGUAAUUCAACGCACUCCCUCAUUGAUUUCCUAAAGUACCCAAAAACUUGGCUCCAUCUUACCUUUUCCAUUAUAACGUCUCUCUGAAAGAAGAAAAAAAAAGAUCCCUUGCCUCAUUGCCUUCUUCCUCCGAUCCCCUGCAUUUCAUCAAGAACAAGCUAGGACCGAAAUGUCACACCCAAGAUCGAACCUUUUUCCAUCAUCCACCACAAGCAGCAGCAGUCGGAGCAGUACAAGCAACGCCAGCAGCGAUCUGGAUGAAAGCCCAUCGCCGUCAAGAAGACACGACUUCUGCCCGAUUUCAAGAGUCCCGAAUCCGCCGGCCUCCUCCCCGCAAUCCCACAAAUGCCUGGCGAUUCUCUCCGGCCACGUCGGAUCCGUUUCCUGCAUAGCCCUGUGCGGGGAGUUCGUCCUCAGCGCUUCUCAGGGAAAAGACAUCAUAGUCUGGCAGCACCCGGAUUUGCGCCGGUUCACCAAGUUCGGCCACGGAGACGGCUCCGUGAAGGCGCUGUUAACGGUCGGUAACAGAGUCUUCACGGCCCAUCAGGACAGCAGAAUCAGGGUGUGGAAGGUUUCGAGUAAAUCGGAGAAUCUGUUUCGGCUGGUUGACAGUCUUCCCACUACAAAGGAUUAUCUGGGGAGGUUUAUGAGGCAGAGUAACUAUGUGCAGACCAGAAGGCAUCACAAGAAGCUGUGGAUCGAACACGCUGAUAGUAUCUCUUGUUUGGCUGUUCAUAAUGGUUAUGUCUAUUCAGGUUCUUGGGACAAGACCCUGAAGGUAUGGAGGAUUUCAGAUUUGAAGUGUCUCGAGUCAAUCAAGGCGCAUGACGAUGCGAUAAAUGGGCUGGUCGCGGUUGAGGGGUCGGUCUAUUCGGCUUCUGCUGAUGGGAAAAUCAAAGUUUGGAAGAGGGAAGGGAAGAACAGACACUCAUUGAAUGGUGUAUUGGAAGGGCACAAAGAAGUUUCAUUCAAUGCAGUUGUGGUUUCUGGUAAUGUGGUCUAUGGGGCAUGUUCAGAUGGGUAUUUGAUGGGAUGGACCUUGGGGAACAAAAGGGUUUGUGAAGUGAAGGGACAUGAAAUGUCUGUUCUGUCCUUGUGUGUGAUGGGGGACUUCUUGUGCACUGGCUCAGCUGAUAAGAGCAUUGGUAUAUGGAAGAUGGGAAUUGAUGGAGGGUUGUUUAAGGUUGGGGUUAUAAAGGGACAUGAAGGGGGUGUUAGAUGUUUGCAGGCUUCACCAGUUUGUGUUGGGGGUGGGUUUAUGUUGUAUAGUGGGAGUCUUGACAGAAGCCUCAGGGUAUGGUGGGUCCCAAAUUAUUGUUCUAGUACAACAGAUAAACCUUAUUUGAAAAGUACAAAUGACAUGAACCUCAAAUUGUUGCCCUUAAAUGAUUGUUGAUGUCAACGAAAACUCGGUCAUCCAUCCAUUUUCACUUGACCAUUCUGAUCCUUUAGGCAAAGUAAUGGGUUGCAGAUGGUCAUUUGUAUAAAAUAUACUGAGUAUCUAGUUAUUAAAUAGUUUGGGGACAUUAUUUUUUUCUUUUAUCUAAUACGGAGUAUGUGUUUUAUGGAUUUGAUUUUGUGUGGGGUUAUGUAUUUAAUGAUUAUGAUGGGUGCUUGACCCAUUGUUAUACCAUGGUAUAUGAGAGUGUAUUCUUUUGUAAUUACCUGUAAAAAGUGUGAUGUAAUUGAUGUUAUGCUUUAUGUAAUUGAUGUUGUGUUUCGGAGUAAACAACAUUACAAAUGGUGUAAAUACAUAUAAAAACGUG